UCCAGGCCAACUUUUCGACGGGCUUAUUCAACUGUGAGUAGCAGGAUGUUCAGUGUAUUGGGUAACUCACAGGACCUUUCGAAUUCAGUGACGGUCUAUAAGCAAAUGCCCCCCCUUUACCAACUGGAUGACUAUGAUCUCUGCCAAGACAGGAUGGCCGGCAUUUACUGCCUGGCUUACGUGGAAAUUAAACCAAACUCCAGCUCGGUUCUUUGGCAGCUAAUUGAAGAGGUCUCGUUGGAUUCAAAACACCGCUUUCGUCAUGAUCAUGUCUUCAGAGGAGUGUGUCUAGAAAGGUGCCUGAACAUUAUCCUUUUAGCUGGCGAUGCAACUGUCUUUCAACAAGAAGAUAUCCAGGACCUAGAGCUUAGUUCCUACUACAAUAAGGUACAUCUAAGACGUGGCGACGCCGAGGAGCGCCUGCUCUACAACGAAAUGGUUAAUACUUGUUUAAACCUAGAGUUCGGCCAGAAGUAUGAGCUGCAAGUGCAAAGCCUCAUAGAAUAUUGUGACAAGUCCAAUGAUCCUUUGGAUGCUCUGGACCUUACAAUUUACAUCCUAAUGGCCUCCAUCCUGAUGCUCACAAUUCUUUCCACCUUUUACGAUUACCAGAUAAGAUCUUCCAGUUUGCAGCAGGACUCUAGCUUUUACCAAGUUCCUUUAAAGAGCAGCCGGGAGAUACUACUCACCUCCUUCUCUCUGAGGCGCAACUACCAUCGUCUAAUACAGCCGCAUUCCAGCACCUUCUCGCGCGAUAUCAGCUUCUUUGAUGGUUUCCGAGCCAUCGGUGUUUUUAUGGUGAUUUUGGGUCACACCUUGAUGGUCUUUAUGACGGUUCCAAUACAGAAUCCCGAGUUCUACGAGCAGUUCCUGUUCAAGUUUGAGACUUCUAUUUUUCAGAACGGCAGCCUGGUCAUCCAAAUAUUCUUUGUAAUGAGCGGUUUCCUUCUUUUUGUGAACUUUACGGACAGGCAACUGGUUAACCCGCAGACGAGCACCAUCAACUGCAUUGCCGCCUACUUUCGUGUGUUUUUCUACAGAUACUUUCGUCUCCUGCCAUCGCUCCUGGCAGUGAUCCUUUUCAACGCCACUUUGUUAGUGCGCCUCCAGGACGGACCCUUUUGGCGGCACCUGGCCGAGGGCGAGCGUGUAUUCUGUCGCAUUAAUUGGUGGAAGAACGUCUUCUUUGUGACGAAUCAUAUGCUGGAAGAUAGUUGCUCGCAUCAGACUUGGUAUUUGGGAGCUGACAUGCAGCUUUUUGAGCUCUUUCUGAUGGUGAUUGUUAUUACCAAAAAACACCCACUUCUAGGUAAACCCAUCUACAUACUACUACUGCUGCUUGCAUUUGUGGUUCCUGCAGCGUUGACCUACAUCCUCGAGCUGGACGCAAUAUACCAUAUACGUCCAGAGACAUAUCGCUACUUGUAUUUUCGGCACUCGGAUACCUUUUACCAGAUGUAUCCACCCUUCUACACCAAUCUUGGUGGCUACCUCUUUGGGUUCUUGUGCGGGCAUCUCUACAUCCACCAACGUUCCUCUACGGUCGUCCUCCGAGGGAAGCUGAGGUAUGAGCUGGGCAUGUGGCUGCUUGUAUCGGCAAUCCUGGGUUUGCUGAUGUCCGGCUAUAUCUUUAUGCGGCAUGACUUUGCUAAGCCCUCCUUGUGGUUGGCCUUGUACGCCGGUCUUCACAAGAACCUGUGGGUGUUGAUUUGCGCGGGAUUCGUGUUCCUGAUGAGCUGCAAAGUAGGAGGCAUGGCCUAUGCCUUCUGCACCAUGCCGGUGUUUCGACCUCUGGCUCGGAUUUCCUUUCAGGCCUUUCUCUGGCAUAUCGUCGUUAUUCGUGUGGUGGUGGGCGGGAUCCGGCAACCGGUAUAUGUCAGUAGUCUAUUUCUGAUUUGCAAUGUCCUGAGUGUUUUUAUUUUAACACUCACCGUGUCUGCUUUUUCGGCGCUGUUACUGGAGUAUCCACUGGGAGAGGUGCUGCGCUGUUUUUUGACACAGGAAAAGAGUGCGUAUUGCUAUAUGUCAAUUCAUUACAACUAAAACAAUCUACUUUUAGAUAAAAAAGAAACAAGUCCAGAAAUUCAAAUGGGACGCGCGCAGUCAGCUGCUUAGAGUGACCGUAUUCUGGGCCAGGGCUACCUUUAUUCAU